CCCCUCACAUUAGCCUUACUACUAACUGGAAGAUUUGUUUGAUAAUUAUUUUUUUUUUGGUACAUUUUUUUGUGUGAAAUUCAAACAGAGAAAACGGACCACACUGCUAUGGCAAAAGGAGAAGGUGGUGAACAAUACUCCAACACCAGUUUAUUGAAUAAACCGGUCAGCUUGGAUGGCAUCAAACUCGCCAGAAAGCAUGAGAACCAGAAUAAGUUGUCAAUUUGCAACAAGCUCUGCUACGCAGUUGGUGGAGCUCCCUACCAGAUCACAGGAUGUGCCUUGGGAUUUUUUCUGCAGAUCUACCUUCUGGAUGUAGCUCAGCUGGACCCUUUCUAUGCCUCCAUUAUCUUGUUUGUGGGCCGAGCAUGGGACGCGGUAACAGACCCCACAGUGGGCUUCCUGGUCUCCAGAAGUCCAUGGACCCGCUUUGGACGCAUGCUGCCCUGGAUCCUGCUCUCAACCCCUCUGGCUGUGCUUUCCUAUUUCCUCAUAUGGUACGUUCCCCCCUUUGAGGACGGCAAAGUCAUCUGGUACCUUCUCUUCUACUGCAUGUUCCAGACACUGCAGACAUGCUUCCAUGUGCCGUACUCUGCGCUCACCAUGUUCAUCAGCUCAGAGCAGAAAGAAAGAGACUCAGCCACAGCAUACAGGAUGACGGUGGAGGUUCUGGGCACUGUUGUUGGGACAGCCAUCCAGGGACAGAUAGUUGGUAUGGCUAACGCCCCCUGCGUCCCAGGACCCGGGGACAUCGCGGCAGGACUGAGCAACGGCACGGUCGGACUCAACGAUUCAGAGCCGGUCAUUUCACUGGAGCACACAAAAACAGCCUACAUGAUUUCUUCUGGUGUCAUCUGCAUUAUCUAUGUCCUCUGUGCUAUUGUUCUUUUCUUCGGUGUGAGAGAGAAAAAAGAAUCUUGUCGUCCCAGGUCAGAGCCCAUGGCUUUCUUUGAGGGGAUAAAGCUGGUGAUGGGACAUGGACCAUACGCCAAACUGGUCAUGGUCUUCCUCUUCACCUCACUGGCUUUCAUGCUCCUGGAGGGAAACUUUGCCCUUUUCUGCAGCUACACACUGGGCUUCAGGAACGACUUCCAGAAUAUUCUGCUGGUCAUCAUGCUCUCAGCUACCCUGGCAAUCCCCUUCUGGCAGUGGUUCCUGACUCGCUUUGGGAAGAAAACAGCGGUUUACACUGGCACCUUGUCUGUGGUUCCCUUCAUGAUCCUGGUGGUGUGUCUGAAGAGUAACCUGAUUGUCACCUACAUUGUCUCGUUCGCUGCCGGGGUCGGAGUGGCUGCAGCUUUCCUGCUGCCCUGGUCCAUGCUGCCUGAUGUUGUUGACGAUUUCCAAGUGCACAACCCCGACUCCACCGGCCACGAAGCUCUCUUCUACUCAUUCUACGUCUUCUUCACCAAGUUUGCCUCUGGAGUCUCCCUUGGCAUCUCCACCCUCAGUCUAGACUUUGCGGGAUACAUUAGCAGAGGCUGCACUCAACCACAGGCAGUGGAUCUUACCUUAAAACUGUUGGUUUCCGCGGCCCCCGUAGGCCUCAUCAUAAUCGGCCUAGUUAUUUUGUAUUCGUAUCCAAUCGACGAGGAGAGGAGGCAAGGCAACAGAAAACUGCUCCAGGAACAGAGGGAAAACGAAGCAGAUUCAGAAACAGACUCAACAGAACUGGCCAUUAUGAUCUAGCACCUUUUUUUUAGAGACUCAUCCACCAAUCGAGUGAUCGAUUGGUCUUUUUUGCACUUGGCGGGACCAACAGAUCUGGACCUGAUGGAUCAUUAGGACACUGCCUUGUCCAAUCACAAUGCUGCUGUUUCAAGUCGAUGAAUUUGACUUCAGAACAAUUUUCUGGCAUGAAAUUAACUCUCCUGAUUUUUUUCAGUCUGAAAUCAAAAGCCUUAUAUUUUGAAAAAACAUAAUACUUUUGAGUACUUCCGGAAAAUGUUUUUUUUUUUUUUUUUUUAAGGUUGAACUUGUUCUUUGUUGAAAAAUGCACAAAAGCAUGAAAUGUUGAAGCACGUUUAGUCAGUACUGCCAUUUUCGGUGCUACUCGCUGAAGCUGGACAGAUUCCAUCCUUGUACAUACCACAGUGAACAUUAAUGACCUUGAACACUGCGCUAAAAUCAACUCUAUAGUUGUGCGACGUGAGCAUUGUGAGAAACUUGAACAAAAAGUGACACCGCCUUAAUUUCAGCCUCAUUUUGGGGUUGGAAAUUCAAAACUGACAAACUUGUGCCAGUCAUUUGGUCUUGAGUCACUGACAUAGUCGUGCAUUUUGAAAAAUCUAAACGUUUUCUGGAAUUGUAUUAAUAUGCUUCAUAGUUUACUUAAACCAGUCAACUAGUACGUUUCCAUCUCUUUCCCAUCACAAUCGUUUUUUUGUUUCUUUUUCUAACGGAAGCUAAGAUAAUGUGAUGUCUGAACUUGUGGCUGCACAGUAACAGCUUUGCUCUUAAGGGCUCCUUUUACUUCCCUACCAAAGUAAUGAAACCACUACAAUAGAAGAGACGGUUAGUUUGCACUCGUAACUGUAAUGUUUAUCCAGCAAUGACAUUAUUUACAAUAUCCUAUUUAAAGGUCAGCUACUGAUUACAGGAAAUCCCUUUACCCCUAAACAUGCUUUAAUUUCCUUAAUAUUGAUAAAAACCGGCAACUAAUCUAGUUAUCUCACUAUUUAAAUAUUUAUUAGAUUUGAUUUUGCUGUUUUUGAAUUCCUGUUUUCUGGAAAGUCUUGCUUUUUGCCAUAUUUAUAUCUAUUUGAGGCCUGUUUGGUCUUCGGUUAGAGGUUUCAAUAUAAGGAAAUGGGCACUCACAUUUUGAAAUAGUCACAUGCUUUUUUUUAAUGCAUGUCGCCAUCCUUGUCAUCUUUGCCCCAUAUGCAUUCAAAAAGGGAAGCACAUACUUGUGAAUAAAAGAUAAGUGGAAGAUGGGGAAGUGAACUUGUUGCAGUCUGUUUGGACGUCUGUUUUUGGGAUGUUUAUUUUUUAUGUGUUUAUUGAAGGAACAACAAGGAUUCUUUGCGACCUCAAUCCCUGUCAUGAAAGUGUGGAUUGACAUAUUUCAUAUCCAUUGAUAUGGAAAUGUGUAUAUACAGUAAUAUGUUAUACAUACUCUUACAUCUUUGACAUGUUGUUUCCGACAACUGGGCUGCCAAUGUGAAAUUGUUCAUAUCUACUUUACAUGUUCUUUUUUUCUCCAUAAAGAUACUAUACUGUAUAUGCCAACUUGGUGCCAUUAUCAUCCACUAAACUUAUGUAAUUGCACAUCCUGUGCUCCUCAUCCUGCUUGAUUUUGUAAGUGUUUGCUCUUGUCAGUAUACUUCCCUCAUGACUCUUGAGGCUGUAGCCAAAUGUGUGAGCUUUAAUCCCACAGGAACACACAGAAGCCUUGUGUACAUGCCUCCUGUUUAUAUGUAUAUAUUGUAUGUAAACUUGUACAUAUCUUUGAUAUUUGUGGCUUCAAGUGAAAUAAACCUGUUACACUAUACCGUAGUUAUUUAAGAAAAAACUGUUGAGAAUGAAAAAAGAUUGUUAAUAAAUACUAAUAAGUGUACUGUGAA